AUGGAGGCCAAAGGCGGGUGUUUGGACGACAUCGUGAAGGAGGCCAGGCGCAGGCGCAGGGAGAAGGCCAGGCGAAGGGAAGAAGAGGCAGAGAGGAAGCAUUUUACUUAUCGCAUCGAAGAGAUGGAGGAGAGUGAGGAGUACGACACAGUUACAAAGCAGUUGCCGCGGCCAAGUAUCAUCAAGUAUCAUGAUUUCUUGGAGAAAUUAUGGGGAUGGGACAGACUGCUACACAAAGGUAAUAAUGUGUUGUGGUCUGACUAUAGCGCCUACCUUGAAGAGUAUCACCGCCGCAAUGUUGCCGUAGUUAGAAGGCUAGCCGCUCUCUCCGAGGCUUGUCUCGUCAAGGAGGAGCAACUCGUGUCCGAGUGGAAGAAGAUCUGGAUGAAAUCUUGGGAGGAGAUGGUCUUGCCGAUGAGGAAAUCGAUCGUUCUGAGCUGCCUGAUCCACCAGCGUGCACGUUCAGUCAUCGUCCGCGCAUAUCUCGGUGCAGUCUUGGAUGGUGCUUCAAGGUUCAGAAAAUCCACUCUCCGGGAUGAUGUUUCCGGUGCCGCCUUGUUGUGCAUUGCCAAGGAGGAUGACCUGACGUGUGAGUUGCUGAGGCGUGGCACUGAUCCCACUGAUGAUUACUUGGUCGACCAGGGCAUAGAGAUACGCAUGUGUGCCUUGUGCCUUAUGAACCGGCAUACUUCGGUCAAUUUCGUUGCUGCCACCGCUGCCAUGCUGGGUAUGGCAAGGGAGGCCGAAAUGAUGUGCGCGUGGAUGAGUAAAAAUAACAAGCCUAUUGAUUUCUAUGAUGAUCUCAUACCUGAUGAGAUAAUGGACAGCCGCAGGAUCCGGUACUAUACCUUUAAUUUUAUGAUUGAGAUACUAGAAGAAUCUUCUGUUGUUGCUGCUGUUGGGCACAAGAUUGAUAGGGAAGAACCUCCCAAUAGAAAUGGUGCUGGUGGUGAUGGGGAUGGCAUUCCUGCUGAUGGAGCAGCAAACAGCACAGGGGGUGGCACUAAUUCAGAUGCAUUGAAUUCUCAGUCUAAGAAAAAUAUUGAAGGUGGUGAAAAGAGUAAGAGGAAAGAAGAAAGUCUUUUGGAGAAGCUAUGGGGGUGGGAAAGGCUGCUGCCACUGCACGGUUCCGUUAAGUGGUCCGACUAUCGCAGCUAUCUUGAAGAGUAUCAUGAUGAUUCACAAAUUUCCACUUGUGCUGAGAUGUGUGCUGCUGUUGUCAGAUUUUGUCUCGAGAUGGAGGAGGAGCUCCAGUCCAAAUGGAAGAUUCGGGUGCGACUUAGCACGGCCGACACCUUACCAGUCAGCACUAUCAUUCAGAGCAGCCUUAUCAAGAAGUUUGCACUUUCGAUCUGCGGCAGAGGGGGUGAAAUUGGUGUUCCUUCUGCCGUUGCUUUUGUGUGUAUCGCCAAGGAGGCCGAACUGAUGUGUGAGCUGCUGAACCAUGGCGCUAAGCCUUCUGAUGACAUCGUCCAGCAGAGCAGCGUGAUUCGCGUGUGCGCCUUGGGCCUUGUGAACCACCUCAGAGGACACCAACCUGCCGCUCUUGUUGCUGCAAUGGUGGGUAUGGCAAAUGAGGCCACAAAGAUGUGUGAUUGGAUGAAGAGAGAGAGCAAGCUUGUCACCUUCAGCUUGUCCGGGCCUUGUGAGCUUGAGGAGUGCCGCUUGAUCCGGAUCAAGGCCUUGGAUGUGAUGACCAGCAUAUUGCAUGAGCAUUCAUUUCCUUCUUCCAAGAUGCGGAAUGAUGCGAUGGCAUAUGAAUAA